AUGGCGCCGGUACUCAUCGACGAUGAUGAAAUUGUUAUUGCUGGUAUCUCUUGCCGUUUACCUGAAUCCAAUAACAUGCAAGAAUUUUGGGAUCAUUUAUUCAACGCUGAAGAUAUGGUCACCGAAGAUGACCGACGAUGGCCUCCUGGAUUGUAUGGAUUACCAAAGCGUAAUGGCAAAUUGAAGAAUCCCGAACUUUUCGAUGCAACUUUCUUUGGUAUUCAUCCCAAGCAAACCAAUACCAUGGAUCCUCAACUUCGUAUGCUGCUGGAAUGCUCUUAUGAAGCGAUUGUCGAUGCUGGUUUCAAUCCUUACAACUUACGCGGCAAAAAUUACGGUGUCUUUGUAGGAGAAACCUUGAGCGAAGCUUUGCACGCUUACCAAUCUGAUGCAGAAUCGCAGAUAGGCUACAGUGCGACUGGCUGCCAUGCCUGCAUGUGUGCCAAUCGAGUAUCAUACUACUUCAAUUUUGGCGGGCCUAGUUUCGCUGUCGAUACUGCUUGCUCUUCAUCGUUAAUCGCUUUCGAUCAAGGUGUACGAUCAAUCAGGAUGGGAUGUUGUGAAGGUGCAAUUGUUGGCGGGGUAUGCUGUGAUUUCAAACCCAAUACUGGCUUGGAAUUUCAUAAAUUUGGAAUGUUAUCGCAUGAUGGCUCGUGUAAAGCAUUCGAUGCUGGUAGUAAUGGCUACUGUCGUGCUGAAGGUAUCAUUUCAGUACUUUUACUAAAGAAAAGCGUUGCCAAACGUAUUUAUGCCACCGUCCCCUAUACUAAAUCCAAUUGUGACGGAUACAAGGAGCAGGGUGUUACAUUUCCCAAUGGCAGAGCACAAUUUCGCCUAUUAAAGGAAAUCUACAAUGAAGCUGGUAUCAAUCCUGGUGAUGUUAGUUACGUUGAAGCUCAUGGAACAGGUACCAAAGCUGGUGAUCCACAAGAAGUCAAUUCAAUCUGUGAUAUGUUUGCAGGCGAGGUCCGUGGUAAUAAACCUCUACUCAUUGGGACCGUCAAAUCCAAUAUGGGACAUAGUGAGCCUGCAUCUGGAUUAGCAGCUGUUGCUAAAGUACUCGCAUGCACUCAACAUGGCACUUUAACUGCUAAUUUGCACUACAAAAAUCCCAAUCCUGACAUUCCAGGAUUGCUAGAUGGGCGUUUGAAAGUCGUUACAGAAAAUACACCAUUUCCAGAUGGCUAUGUCGGUGUGAACUCGUUCGGAUUUGGUGGUGCCAAUUCUCAUGCCGUGCUGAAACCGAGAAUUUUCCAUGAAGAGGACAGCCAAUUAACAAUAAGUAACAAUUUAUCCAUAGCACUAUGCUCUGGUCGUACAAAAGAAAGCGUGGAGAAGUUAUGUGAACUUGCUAAUCAACACCAUGAUAAAGCUGAUUUAAUCAAUCUCCUAAAUAGCAUGUCCGAUACACCCACUGCCAGCAAUUAUCAUCCUCAACGUGGUUUCACAAUAUUAAAUUCAGAAAAUGCUAUCCAAGAUGUUGAUGUUGCACCAACAAGUAAGCGUCCAGUAUGGUGGGUGUUUUCAGGUAUGGGAGUCCACUGGGCUAAGAUGGGUCGAGAUAUGAUGAAAUUUGAAGUAUUUCGCGAGAGUAUUGAAAGAGCACGUGAAGUGUUACUCCCAACAGGAUUGGAUGUAAUGGAUCUGUUACUAAAUAGUGAUCAAGACACAUUUGAAAAUGUCCGAAACUCAUUCACUGGGCUAGUAGUCAUACAAGUGGCAUUAGUCGAUUGUUUGAAGGCUUGCGGCCUUGAACCAGAUGGUCUAUUCGGUCAUAGUGCCGGUGAAGUAGCUUGUGGUUAUGCUGAUGGAGCACUGACACUAGAAGAAGCAGUGCAGGUUGGCUACUGGAGAGGUCAAUCUAUCUUAGAUGCUAAAUUAGAGAAAGGUGCAAUGGCUGCUGUCGGAUUAACAUGGGCAGAAGCGAAAAAGCGUUGUCCAGAUGAUGUUGUAGCUGCAUGUCAUAACGCAGAAAAAACUGUUACUAUCUCGGGUGAUCCAGAUAAAGUGGAAGAAGUUGUCAAACAAUUAAAAUCUGAAGAAAUUUUUGCCAAAAAAGUAGAGACAGCAGGUGUAGCCUUUCACUCUCACUAUAUCAAGAAAGCUGCACCAUUUCUCAAAGCUGCUGUUGAGAAAAUUGUUACGCAACCGAAGCUUCGUUCAUCUCGCUGGAUUAGCUCUUCAGUACCAGAAUCUAAAUUACAUGAAGACAUUGCAAAAUACGCUGGAGCAGAUUACUAUGUUAAUAACUUAGUAAGUCCAGUAUUGUUUUACGAUGCUAUGCAGAAAGUACCAGAAGAUGCUAUAGUAAUAGAAAUUAGCCCGCAUCAUUUACUUCAAGCUGUGUUGAAGCGCUCUAUGAGUAAAACUUGCACAAUAAUGAAAACUAUGCGAAAGGAUAACCCUCGCAAUCGAGAACUAUUUUUUACAACUCUUGGUCAGUUGUACAUGAAUGGAGUAAACAUUGAUCCUUCUGCAUUCUUGACUAAAACUUCACUACCGGUUGUUUGGUCGUUGACAGUUUUUAAGCCUGUCAUUUAUUUUAAUAAUACUUAA